UCCUUUCCAUAUUCCUCCGCUUAUUUCCACGGUCGAAAAUCAGUUUGGUAAGGAGAAAAACUCUCAAAGCCUACUCCCAACAAACAAUCAUGUCCGCUUCAAUAGCGAAUCCCAUCUCUGCAACUCCUCUCCGUUUCCAUUUCAAUCGUAAGAACAGCAUUUCCUUCUCCGACUGCAUCUCGAUAUCUUCUGGAUUCCGACAUUCCCCACCGUCUUCCCUCGAUCUGGUCGCGAAACCGCCGACCAAGGCUCGCGUUUCCCAUCUCGUUAGAGCUCAAGGCUCUUAUGAUUAUAUUCCAGACUCAAAGUUUUACAAGGUGGAAGCAAUUGUCAGGCCAUGGAGGAUCCAACAUGUUUCAUCGGCUCUAUUGAAAAUUGGGAUUCGAGGUGUUACCGUUUCUGAUGUCCGAGGGUUUGGUGCACAAGGAGGGUCCAAAGAGAGACAUGGUGGGUCUGAGUUCUCUGAAGACAAGUUCGUUGCUAAAGUUAAGAUGGAGAUCGUUGUUAAGAAAGAACAAGUGGAGUCUGUAAUCAACACCAUAAUCGAUGGUGCAAGGACAGGAGAGAUCGGUGAUGGCAAAAUAUUCGUUUUGCCUGUGUCAGAUGUCAUAAGGGUUCGGACAGGUGAGCGUGGAGAACAAGCAGAGAAGAUGACUGGUGACAUGCUUUCGUCAUCAUAGGAACAAACUAGAGCUCUCAAGAAUGGCUCUCUGGUAAUAAUAAAAUGAAAUGGAGUGUUUAGUUUCCUGUUUGUUGUUGAGUUGAUCAAGAUGUGUGUUUAAACAUCUGUCUUGGUUCUCAGACAUCGAAACUCUGUUCCUAAUAAAAGCAUCUAGUCCCUUUUUCAUCUUCUUGUCUGAUUAUGAGUUAACACUCUGUUCCUUAUUUAUGUUAUCAUUGUACCAUGUUCUGUU